CGCCACCGUUAUUCACGAUAAAGUAAAGCAACUCUUACGUGAUCGAGAGUCUGUCAAGCACCCUAUCAUUGAACAAACAAGGUCUAAUUGAAGACGAGUGGUUUAAAACGUCACACACUUUAGAGGUAUCGUCAAUAUAAAUAUACUCGGUGGUUUGCUCAACGUUUGACAGAUCAUUACCGGGUGCGAACUGCUCGGGGAAAGAACAAUCGUGGCGUAUUGGCGAUGAAACCGAUAUCUGUAUAAAAAGUGUUUGGCAAUUUCGGAUAGAUCCGUGAUCGGUUUUUGUGACAAUUACAACAACAUUGGUUUGAAUUGAUAAUGACGACAGUCACGCACGGCCUGCAUACCUGAUCCAAACGUCCGUUUACCUGUCCAUGAUUUUGCGAAUACAUGUUGGAAUUAUACAGGAAUGAAAAGUAUAUCAGAAAUGGAAUCUUAAAGCUGAACUGACACGCCUGAAUUUUCUCAUCUGCACGUAAAAAAAACCCGGAUGUGUAAUGCGGUUUUAUGAAUUUCGUGAGCAGAUAUUAUUUAUAAGUGUCUAGUCCGUAUGUUUGUGUAGAUAUAAUCACAGUCCAUAUCGGAGGAUAUUUAUACGCAGCAGAUCUAGACUGAGGUAAGAUUUGUCUCCCUACCGGUAAACGAUGUAAUCCCAGGAUUGGUGACUAGGUACUUAAAAAAUACGGCGAUUCACGAAUAAUACAAAGUUUGCUAGUGAAAGACUCGAAUACAGUUUUACAAUUCGGAGUUGUUGAUACUGAAGGUGCUGAGCCCAUUGAUACUGGUGUUCUAUUGAUAGUGAAGGUUUGGGACGUUUCGCCACGGAUUAAAAGGUAUCCAUGAGCAUAUUGAUUGACAUGCGAAGGUGAGGCUGAGCGAUCAGGACAAUUCCCGCGUCUACAAUACAGUAUACAAAUCGCAGAGUUCGUUCAGGAGACAUACGGCAAAGGAAAUUAGUGAUACAUACACAUGCAAUAAGAUUUCCAUAACCUACUACAUGUGUAUAAAGAAGGAUAUUGAGAUUUUGCUUCGACCUGCCUGAGCAUUAUGACUUUGUGGCAGACAAGGUUAAUGUCUAUAUCGCUGAUGUACCAACACGACACGACAGCCUUUCUGUGAUUUACGUGCAGGGACUCGCUUUGUGAACAUGUGCUACCUUUCAUAAAAGACAGUAUAGGACAGCUUCAUGCCAAACGUGUUUGUAUAUUGAAGACCUCUACGUGGAAAGCACCUAACUCAAAAUGUCUAAAUUCAUGUUUCAUAUCCGGUUUUCGGACCAGGGGCGUUUUUUGCAUGAAAACGAAGUGUAUGAAAUGAUGAGGUCUCGGAGUCUGUAUCAAGUUCAGUUUGAUUUGAAACAUAAACUACGCAAACGAUUAAGGUCGCUCGAACAGGCUGAAAAGAUGCAAGUUUCGUCUUUUCAAAAACAAAGAAAUGUUUUCUUGACAAAAAUGCAAGAAAAGGUUGUUCAGCGAAAUAAACUGGCCGAGGAAAAUUCUACCCAGCUGAUGAUGAGUGGAGUCAAAAGACACAUACAGGCGAAAGAUAAACACGUGCGUAUGGUGACGGACGAAAACAGUGUAACACCAAAACACGCCAAGAGUGCGCCUUCUCGAAUAUUAGCAAAGGAAUCGCCAAGGAAUAGACCGGUUACCAAGGAGGCCACAAGUGCGCGUCUGGUUUCCAAGGAAACAACGCUGUCGUCCGUUAAAGAAGUAACUCACGAGAGCGAUGACAUCAAACCAGUGAGCGCGAAGGUUGAACUGUCAUACAGAGGAAGGUCACUUCCCGGAUGUAAGAGUGGCUACCGGAGGUCAAGGACGAUGUUUAGUGAUGACGUCACAUAUAUCAAUACGUCAUCCUUUGUGUCUAGAGAACAAGCAGAACACACGUCUUUAAACGAUGAAGGAGAAACAUCCUCGAAAACAUUACUGUCUCGGCAAAAUACUAAAUCCCAAACUCCCAAAUCGAUAAGGAAGUCUUCGAGAGUAGGAUUACCAAAUAUAUUACCUGGACCGUCAUCUCGAGGCGAGUCAACGUUUUUCGAACAAGAGGACAACAUUUCCGAAAUUUCGGACACUGCAUUCCAAAGAUUAGCUGGAAAAUAUAAUAAGGCGAAAUCGCUUACUUCAUUGUCCAUGCCAGUUCCAACUCCGGACCUGAAAUCAGUGUCUUCUUACGAGAUGGGAAUGACCACUCCAGAGGGCCAGCUGAUUCUGUCUAGGGACGAGUAUGAGGAUUAUCUGGACAGGUUUAGGGAAGCGAAGUCAAAACGACUAAAACUGAUACGGAGACAAAGUGAAAACCUGGAUCAAAAAGUCAAACAUUUUCGAGCUUUAAGGAAACAGUAAUAUCGAAAUUUUGUAAGUUUUAAAUACCUGAUGUCUAACAGGGACAUUUGUUAUGGAUGUGGGAAAAUACAGUAUUUAUAUGAUAUUUUGAUAGAAAUGUGUAAGACUCUUCUACAUUAAUUACCUGUAUAUAUAUAGCGCGCACAUGUUUUCGCUUUAUAAUGUCACUCUUAUAUUCAUUUAAGA